UACACCGGACUAAUAUCUGUCAUUUUAUUUUUCAUUGUUGUUCCAAGGGCUGCCAAAAUCCUUGCGUAUGAGACCUGUAUCCACAGGUCUUGACUACGACGCUUUUUCAAUCUUCUUUGAGGUUUAAAUCCCUUCUGAACACAGACAAUUUCGAUUCCUGGAGUUCAUAGUUGCUGUUCAAAAUGGUUCAUACACUUGCAGAAGAUCAAUAUGGAAAGAAAGUCGACCAUUGUCUUUCGGACACCCUCCUCAAAUUUGGUGGUGGAUUGGUUUUGGGUAGUGUCUUUUCCAUAAUAUUCUUCAAACGCCGCACCUGGCCGAUCAUUAUAGGAUCGGGUUUCGGCAUUGGUGUGGCAUAUAACAACUGUGAACGUUCCUUGAAUGCAAGCAAAUAACUAUUUAUGCAUUAAAUAACACGACAUGGUGCCCUAGAACUCGCCGACUAUAAACGAUGGAAGCCGUUCUUUAUUACAAUGAUGCAAUUAUGUAUCCGAAAAUGAGAUUCUAUGAGGUACUGUUAAUGCUAAACACAUUCAAUUAAUAAUCAUUCAUCAAAAAUAAUUUA